UUAAGCGAUCGAUAAUGGCGAUUAUGAGAUUUAGUGGUCACUGUGUUACUCAGUAGUAGUCAGUUGUCUCUCAUCUUGUUUUCUCUCUCUUCAACAGCGACAGCAAUGGCUCGAAAAAGGAAAAGAAGUAAUAAAGAAAGAGGUAUAGCCUCGCAAAUUGCGAACAUGCCUUCUGCUUCUGACACGUGGAGCGAUUCUAUUUGGUAUAUGUGUGCUCUGGGGCUCCCACAACAACAUACCAACCUGCCAUGUCAGUAUCGCCCUCGUCCUAUGACCCCGGGAAUCCGUAUCGUAUACCUCUCUCUAUUUAUUUCAUUUCACCGCUCGCUCUCUUUCCUUCUUUCUCGUUUCUCAUCUUCUUUUGUGCCCUAAUUUCCUAUACCCAUCUCACUGCAUCUGUUGCUCAAUCGUUUUUCCAGUGUUGUUUGAUCAUCUUUGUGUUCUCAGUUGUCCAAUUCUGCCAGAAGAUUUUUGGGUUUUCUCCCAUUUGGAUGUUCUUGGUUUCAUUUUCACUCAUUUUGCCGCAGGUUUCUGGUGGGUAUUUCCCUUUCUGUACUUCCAGCUGAAUCAGGAUUUGAACGUGGAGGUUCUACCGCGGCUUGAUUACCAUAUAGAGGUCCGGAUCCCUGGUCCCACUCAUUAAAUAAAUGUUAUGCUUCCGGAUACUGUUAAUUAUCAAUGUAGGACCAGGGGACAAAAGAUGAAGGAAAAUAAUUCCGUGAAUGAUAAAAUGAUUGAUAGAAAUUGGGUCCUGAAGCGCAAAAGGAGGAGGGUUCCAUAUGGACCAGAUCAAUCCAAUGGCAAAGCAGGAGAUUCUGUCCCAUCAGAAUCUUCAAGGAACCUUCUUCCUGCUAAACGCAGGCUGAAAAGUGAUAUUCACUCUGGACAAGAUCGAUCCAAUGCUAAAGAAGGAAAUUCUGCACCUCCAGAAUCUCCCAGGAACCAUCCUCAUGCUAAACGCAGGCUGAAAAGUGACAUCAUUUCAGAUCGAUCAUCAUACAAGAAGAAAGGAAAUGACGGGUACUACUUUGAAUGUGUAAUCUGUGAUCUUGGUGGCAACUUGCUGUGUUGUGAUAGUUGCCCUCAAACCUAUCAUCUCCAGUGCCUUAAUCCCCCUCUCAAGCGUACUCCUCCUGGGAGGUGGCAAUGUCCAAACUGCUGUGAGCGAAAUGAUUCUGUAAAGCCUGUAAACCAUCCAGAAUCCAUUUUAAGACGUGCGAGAACAAAGAUUACUGCUGAAAAAUCUAAGAUGGGAACUAAGUCAUCUAACCCUCACAAGGUAUCUCAGAUCUUGGAAAGCUUAGUUCCAGCAAAAAGUAGGUCGUCCAGCAAAGCAAGAUCCUCCUUUUCUCAUUCAGUCCCAUCUCUUGAAAAGAAGUCAGAUUCCUCCCAAACGGAUGUGUUCUGUAGCACAAAAUCAUGCCACUCAUCUCAAGGUGGACCUGGAGAAGCUAUUUCAUCAUGUGGAAAUGCUGACACUGAGAAGAAACACAGCUUGUGUUGUGCAGGUGAAUCUGUUGACAAGAAGUUGCACUCUCCUGCUAACGAAGUCCAGUCUUCUGGUCGGGUUAUUGACUCUGAGCCAAAUGGUGAACCUGCUGAGAAGAAGUCCGACUCUCUGUGUAUUGAUGGAAACAAGCUCAUGCUGACAUCUGGUCAUGCCACUCAGAAAACCAGGAAAAAGAAGAAAAAAGUUGACAAGGAAGAUAAUAAUAAUAAAACCAGAACUGACAAGGGGAAAUCUGCUGUAAAAGCAUCUCGUAAGCUUGAAUCUAAAUCAAUUUCUGCAGGUCCUGAAACUAGUAAACUCCGCCAAAAAUACAGUUCAGGCAACAAUCGGGUUUCAAUAUCUAUGUUGAAGGAGGAUCUUGGAACAAAAUCUUCUGUAGUGCAGCAACAAGAUAAGAGGAGCCCGGAGGUAAUAUCAACCUCAGUACAUGCCUUCGAUGAAACAAGGGGUCAAGAAGAUAAAAUGGUGACAUCUGAUGAAAAUGUUCCUUCUGAAGUUCAACAGGUUGAUCGGAUUCUUGGAUGUCGAGUUCAAAGUAGUGAAAAAGUUUCUCCAUGUUUCAGUCAACCAAUCAAAUUUUCAGCUUCCCCUGGGACUCAUCAUGCUACAUCUGGAAACAACUGUACACGGGCUGCAAAUGACCUGCCAUCUAAACAUCUACCUGUUCUAGAAAAAUGUGACAGGGUAUCAGAGGAUGAGCCUUCUAAUAGUAAUGUUGUAGACGUUGAGAAUGCUGAUCUUCUUGCUGAGGGAUGCCAUAAUUCUGUGAACCCAGUUGAUAAGAGAAAAAGCAUCAAGAAUGAUACCAAGGUGGAUAAGAUACAUGUCUAUAAAAGAUGUGCAAAAGAGGGCAGUGGAGAGGGGAAUGCCACGGUAUCUGUAAGGAGAUCUUUCAAACUUCAGAGUUUUAUGGUCUCAAGUACUGAAGGCCUAAAUGGUUCUGCUGUAGGCAGAGAGGAUACAGAAAAAAUAACUAAAAAGGCAGUGCCAGAAGAGAAUGCUGGUGUUGAAUGUGUUAGUUUGGAUGUUGAUGGUAAUUGUCCAAUGCCAAAAGCUUGCAAAACACCUGUAUUUCCAGAUGCUAACGGCACGAAAGAUGAGGAUAAAGAGAUGAGAUUGAAUGACAGUGUAGAGAACAAGACGCAAGAGUCAGUCUUGGAGGAAUCUGCUCCAUCACACACUGAUACAGUCUUAUAUGAAUUUUUAGUUAAGUGGGUUGGGCAAUCUCACAUUCAUAACAGCUGGGUUCCUGAAGCACAGUUGAAAGUUCUUGCGAAGAGAAAACUAGAGAAUUACAAGUCAAAGUAUGGAACAGCCCUGAUAAAUCUUUGUGAGGAACAAUGGUGCCAGCUUCAGAGAGUGAUUGCCCUCCGUUCUUGCAAGGAUGGCACAAGUGAAGCCUUUGUAAAAUGGUGUGGUUUACAUUAUGAUGAAUGCACAUGGGAGAAGUUAGAUGAAUCUGCCAUUGGGAAUUCUUUGCAUAUGAUCACUGAAUUCAAGCACUUUGAAUUCCAAACACUGGCCAAAGAUUCUGCCAAGGAUGAUUUCCUGAGGAGUAAGUGUCAACAUACUGACAUUGUUGCUCUUGAAGAGCAACCUAAGGAGCUCAAAGGAGGUUCCCUGUUUCCACAUCAACUAGAAGCUUUGAACUGGUUGCGCAAGUGCUGGCAUAAAUCUAAAAAUGUAAUUCUCGCUGAUGAGAUGGGGCUGGGAAAAACUGUGUCGGCUUGUGCUUUUAUUUCGUCUUUGUAUUUUGAGUUUAAAGUUAGGCUGCCUUGUCUAGUUUUGGUUCCUCUGUCCACAAUGCCUAACUGGCUUGCUGAGUUCGCAUUAUGGGCUCCAGAUCUGAAUGUUGUGGAGUAUCAUGGUUGUGCUAAAGCAAGAUCUAUUAUUCGUCAAUAUGAAUGGCAUGCACAUGACCCAAAUGUGUUAAACAAGAGAACUAAGUCAUACAAAUUUAAUGUUCUUUUGACUACUUAUGAGAUGGUGCUUGCUGACUCCUCCCAUUUGCGUGGGGUUCCCUGGGAGGUUCUUGUGGUUGAUGAGGGUCAUCGUCUGAAGAACUCAGGCAGUAAACUUUUCAGCUUGCUCAACACAUUUUCUUUUCAACACCGUGUUCUGUUGACUGGCACCCCUCUGCAGAAUAAUAUAGGUGAAAUGUACAACUUACUAAAUUUCUUGCAGCCUACUUCAUUUCCUUCUCUGUCAUCAUUUGAAGAGAGAUUUAAUGAUCUCACAACUGCGGAAAAGGUGGAAGAGCUGAAAAAACUUGUUGCUCCUCAUAUGCUUCGAAGACUUAAAAAGGAUGCUAUGCAAAAUAUUCCCCCCAAGACUGAACGAAUGGUUCCUGUUGAGUUGUCAUCUAUCCAGUCAGAAUAUUAUCGUGCAAUGCUUACAAAGAAUUAUCAGAUCUUACGUAACAUCGGAAAGGGGGUUGCUCAGAAGUCAAUGCUGAAUAUUGUUAUGCAGCUUCGGAAAGUUUGCAAUCAUCCAUAUCUUAUAUCAGGUACCGAGCCUGAUUCUGGAUCAGUAGAGUUCCUUCAAGAAAUGCGCAUAAAGGCAUCUGCCAAGCUGACACUGUUGCAUUCUAUGCUUAAGGUGUUGCAUAGGGAAGGCCAUCGUGUACUUAUAUUUUCACAGAUGACUAAGCUUCUUGAUAUACUGGAGGAUUACUUGACCAUAGAAUACGGGCCUAAAACAUUUGAAAGAGUGGAUGGUUCAGUCUCAGUGGCAGACCGUCAAGCAGCAAUUACACGCUUCAACCAAGAUAGUAGUCGAUUUGUGUUCCUGUUAUCAACACGGUCUUGUGGCCUUGGGAUCAAUCUGGCUACUGCUGACACUGUCAUUAUCUAUGAUUCUGAUUUCAACCCGCAUGCUGAUAUUCAAGCGAUGAAUCGUGCACAUCGGAUUGGACAGUCAAAAAGACUUCUCGUAUACAGGCUUGUUGUACGUGCAAGUGUUGAGGAGCGCAUCUUGCAGCUUGCAAAGAAGAAGCUGAUGCUUGAUCAGCUUUUUGUGAACAAGUCUGGAUCCCAAAAAGAGGUGGAGGACAUUCUACGUUGGGGAACAGAAGAACUUUUUAAUGAUUCUGCUGGUGUGGCUGGAAAAGAUACUGUUGAAAAUUCAAGCAACAAAGAUGAAACAACCACAGACACAGAGCAUAAGCAUAAAAGGAGGCCUGGUGGCCUUGGGGAUGUGUACAAAGAUAGAUGUACAGAUGGCAGCACAAAGAUCAUUUGGGAUGAAAAUGCAAUUCUGAAGUUACUUGAUCGUUCAAACCUUCAGUCUGGGUCAUCUGAAAGCACUGAAGGAGAUUUGGAGAAUGAUAUGCUUGGUUCUGUAAAGUCAGUGGAAUGGAACGAUGAGGCAACUGAAGAACAAAUUGGAACUGAAUUCCCUCCUGCUGUGAGUGGUGAUGUCUGUGCACAAGGUUCUGAACAGAAAGAGGAAAGUGCAGUUGGUGUUACUGAAGAAAAUGAAUGGGACCGACUUUUGCGCGUGAGGUGGGAAAAAUAUCAAAUUGAGGAGGAAGAAUCUCUUGGUAGAGGAAAGCGCUUAAGAAAAGCCGUUUCUUAUAGGGAAGCCUUUGCUUCGCAUCUUAGUGAAAACUUGAGUGAGAGUGGUAAUGAAGAGGAGGAGCAGGUGCCAGAGCCGGAAUAUACACCUGCUGGUAGAGCUCUAAAAGCGAAGUUUGCCAAACUCCGUGCUAGACAAAAAGAAAGGCUUGCUCAGAGAAAUAUCACUGAUGGAUCUCAUUAUAUAGAGGGGCAGCUUGGGCCCGAGUCACUUCCCCCAUUCCCUACCACUGAUGCCAAGGGAGGGGAGCAAUCAGUUGGUCCUGCCAGCAAACAAGCUUUAGCAAUUGAUUUGGAGAAUGACAAAUUUGAUCAGUCAUCAGAUGCAUCCAAGAACAAGGGUGACUCAACUCUAGGGUUAGGCAAGCCCCCAAAACCUGGUCUGGACCUUUCUGUCAGGCCCCUUGGUCCUCUUGCAUCUGAUGUCUUCCUCCAUAGCCCCCAGUUGCAGCGCACAAGUUACAGUAAUUCAGUGCCUACCAGCAACCUGUUACCAGUUUUGGGACUUUGUGCUCCCAAUGCUAAUCAACGAGAUUCAAUACAUAGUAGCCUGCACUCUUACUCCCUCCCAAGAUCAAACUGUGGCCAAAGCAGUGUAAGCUUGGGUUUUCCAGAAUUUCCUUUCCAUCUAGCCCCUGGUGCUGGAUCAUCAAUUAACAUGGACAUAAAAGACCGAGAGAGUGUUGCAGAUGCAUAUUCACUGCCAGAUUCAUGCUCAGAUGGCUCACAGUGCCGAGCCAAGAGUACCAUCCCAGAUUACUUUCCAUUUAAUCCGUAUCCUCCUGCAACCACACAAGGAAGAGGCCCUGAUCCUGUCAGUAUUACAGAUUCUUCUUUCUCUGCCUUUCAAGAAAAGAUGGCACGCCCAAACUUGGCUGUUAAUGAAAACCGGCUACCUAAAUUCUCACUCCCAGUUCAGAAUGUGCCAAGGUCCCAUCCUGAUUUCUUGCCUAACUUGUCACUGGGCAUGAGAAAUGAAGCUUUAAACGACUCAUUGCAAGAUCUCCCUGCAAUGCGAUUGUUGCCAAAUUUGAGAUUGCCACCAGAAGAUCCAAGAUAUAAUCCACAGUCGAGAGAGGUGCCUCCCACAUUGACUCUAGGUCAGGUGCAGCCCUUGUAUUCCUCCUUACCAGAGAAUCAUAAGAAGGUACUUGAUAACAUAAUGAUGAGAACAGGAUCUGGAUCAAAUAAAUUAUUCAAAAAGAGAUUAAAGAUAGAUACCUGGUCUGAAGAUGAACUUGAUGCCCUCUGGAUCGGUGUGCGUCGCCAUGGGCGGGGUAACUGGGAUGCCAUGCUCAGAGAUUCCAAGCUAAAGUUCUCUAAAUUCAGAACAUCUGAAGAUUUGUCAGCGAAGUGGGAGGAGGAACAACGCAAGAUCUUUGAUGGAACAGGAUUACCAGUAUCAAAGGCAGGGAAAGCCACCAAAUCUACCGAGUUCCCUGGCAUCUCUGAUGGAAUGAUGGUGCGGGCAUUGCAUGGAAGUAGACUUUCUAGUCUUGGGACAGACCGCUGUCCGCCAACUAAAUUUCGAACUCAUCUGACAGAUAUGCAAUUGAGUUAUGGGGAUCUAUCAUCAACCCUGCCACAAGUUCAAUCUGAACAAUUCGGUGUUCCAAAUGAGCAUAACGCACUUCUUCCACCUUGGAAACCUGAUAAAUUUCGGCCAGAUUUCAUUGGAGAUAUUCCUGCUGGGCCAUCAGAUAGACCUGGGACUUCUUCAAACUUACAUUCGGAGCAUCCAUUUAUGCUCAAUUCUUUCGCAAACCGUAGUUUGAGUGCUCAUGCUGUGAAUUGCUCAAGCAGCUGCGAGUUUAAGCAAAAGGAGGAUGAACAGGGUGCAAAUAAGUAUUCCAAAUUGCCAAGUUUUUUGGAUAGAUCACUUAAUUUGUUGCGGGAUUCUCAUAACCACAUGCAUGGUGGUGAAUCCACUAGCACUCGGGUGCUGCCUGAGCCCAAUAAGCAGCUCAGUAGCUCUUCUGCUGCAAAGAAUGACACAGCUGGAACUAGUUCUAUGACAAGCAAGCUUCCUCAUUGGCUCCGGGAAGCUGUCAGUGUUCCUGCGAGGCCGCCAGAACCUGACCUGCCCCCAACUGUUUCGGCAAUAGCUCAUUCUGUACGCUUGCUUUAUGGCGAAGAGAAACUGACAAUUCCACCAUUUACUGUUCCAGGUCCUCCCCCUUCCCAGCCUAGGGAUCCUAGGAGGAGUCUGAAGAAAGAGAAACGUAGGUUGCGAAAGCUCAAGCGGAUGACACCAGACAUUGCUGAAUCCAGCAAAAAAUUUCAGACCAGUUUGCUUGGUGACAAUGUUGCUUCAAGCUCUGUUCCUCUGGUACCGCCAUUUCCGAUGCCAUUGCAGCCACCAUCGAUGCCUGGGACAUCAGGGUUUCCUUGGAGUGAACCUGAUCUUAACUUGCCGCCAUUAAAUUUAGAUCUGAUGAGUUCUCCACCAUCAUCAUCAUCCUAUAUAAACCACCGCAAGAAAAUUGGCAAAGGAUUAUCCCCCUCUCCUGAAGUGCUUCACUUGGUAGCAUCUUGUGUGGCUCCAGGCCCACAGUUACCACCAGUACCAGGAAUGGAGAGAGGUAGCUUCCUCAGGAGUGAGAUGCCUUUGCCAAAGGUUCCUGAUGCAGUUGGCGAGGGUGGAAGCUCCGAAUUGAAAGGUGUACAUGAAAAAUCAAAGGCAGUGCAGAGCAUCUUAUUCCCUCCUUGGAGUGAGGUUCCUAAGGAUAUAACUGACAGGACUGAAAGUGGUGACUCGAGCAAGACUCACUCCGAUCCUUGUAACAUCGACCGGCCUGAAGGGGAAAUAUCAUCUGAGGAAACUGUGUCAGAUAAUCAUGGGAGUGAACGUGAACCAUAGCCAUUUUUCCCUCCAUACCUUUGUAGCUUCAGAGCAUUCCAGCAGCGAUGAUUCUUUGUAAGAAAGAUUUGUUGAGUGUUUACUAGUAUCAGAAGGAUCAAUUAGGAUAUUUCCUGUGUAAAGCUUCUUUAAGAGAAAAGAAAUAUAUACAUAGAUUUCCCGUUGUUCUCAUUGUGCAUCUCA